AUGACCAUUAAGCAUCCUUGGUCGCUUGCCACGGCCAUCACCCUUUUCACUCUCUAUAUUGGCUAUAAGAGGCUCACUACUCCCCCAUCCUCCCUUGCUCAUCUUCCAAGAGCUGAUUUUUUUGCCGUCAUCAGGGCAUUGAUCAAGGAAACACCUGCAGAUCAAGUGGCGAAUACAAUCACUCUACCUGCUGCCAACAAGGCGAAUCAUGGCUUAUACGUUCGUUUCGAUAAUUCAGGAUGGACUGUGCGCGUUACUAGUCCUGAAGCCGCUAAAAAGCUUUUGCUGAGUCAUGAUCUGUUUCCCAAAGCCAGGUUACAAAAGAAACGUGAGGGCACCAUCGCAGGAAGAUUACUUGUUGGCCCCAACAUUCUCUUUGAAACGGGGGAAAAAUGGAAGAAUCAUCGCAAGGUUGCCAAUCCAGCAUUUCACCGCUCCAUGCCUGUGGCGCUUUUUGGACGUUUGAUGGAAAAGUUGUUACACGGAGAAUUGAUGAUAGCAACCGAUGGGAUAUUGAAUGUGCAUACCCUGACGACGCGAUGGUCUUUGGAUGCCAUUGGACUUUCAUCUUUUGAUUUUGAUUUUCAUGCCUUGGAUCAGAUCGACAACAAUCCUUGGGUAGACCGAUAUCAUUAUCUCGUAGCUAAAGCCAAGAAUCCACUCUUUUUCUUGUUCCCAAUUCUUGAACAAAAGUACCUGUUUUUGUUUCCAGAUCGGCAAAACGUACACAAUGAGCUAUCCAUCUUCCUUGGUAUGAUGAAUGAUAUCAUUAGCAAAAAGAAGCAGCAGCUGCAGCAAAAAGAUGCCAUCAAUGAUAGAGCCGACAAUGAGAAGGAUUUGCUUACGCUGAUGAUUGAAGCGGAAAACGAUGGUGAAGGAAGAUUAUCCAAUAACGAGUUGCUGAGUAAUCUUUGCGUCUUUUUCCUUGCUGGUCAUGAUACAACUGCAUCCGCUUUAGCCUAUGCGAUCUAUUAUUUGGCGGUGAAUCCUGAUGCACAAGACAAAGCACGAAAAGAAGCCCUCGCUGUUUUGGGUAAUGAUCCAACUCCAUCACUGGAUCAAAUGCGUUCAUUGUCUUUUAUCAACAUGGUGAUCAAAGAGACGCUACGUUUAAAUCCACCAGCUGUAUCCAUUAUUCCUCGAGAAGCAACCCGUGAUACAGAAUUGAAUGGCGUCUUCAUCCCCAAAGGCACACGCGUCAGCUUGGAUAUCAUUGAUCUACAACGCAAUCCAACAGUAUGGCAAGAUCCUGAUGUUUUUCGCCCUGAGAGGUUUGCCCCUGGAGGCGAAGCAGAGCAGCUCACACGAAAUGGAAUACCAUGGGUGCCGUUUUCUGAUGGUGCACGUAAAUGUAUUGGGUCAAACUUUAGCUUGAUGGAACAACGGGUGUUUUUGACAAUGCUCUUAAGGGAACAUGAGUGGUCUUUGCCAGAGGAUUCGAUCCACAAGAAUGGUCUUAUCACCCAUGGUCUAGGAGCUACGCAGCCAAAAGAUCUCUUUAUCAAGUUUUCAAAACGCAGCUAA